AUGGAGACUUUACCAGCCGUGCCGGAGUUCUCGAUAGAGCCCGGUCUUUUACAUCAACUACCAGAGGAGCUAGCACAAUCGAUUCUCGAAGCUCCAGCCAAUACCCAGCAGGAUCAACUGGUUCUGGCAGCUCUAGACCCGAGCUAUACAGCUACACUAUUCCCAUUACUAGAGCCGGCGUUUGUGGAUAUUGCUGCUCGGUGGCUCUUACUGGACAUGACUGUUCAUUUUGAACAUGUAAUAUCGGCAUUUUCACUGAUUUUGCCCCAUUCUCCAUAUCUACGACCGCUUGCUGAAAGGGUUCUUCAAGCCAAGAAUGUGGGCUUGCCAUUAUUCUCUGAGCAAUGUCCCUCAGAUAUUUCACAUAUCACUGACGGAUCUCUUCUCUCAUUACUACUCUCAGCUUUUCGGCUGUUAAGUUUCGACGCGGACACAUUUUCGCCAUUUGUGUUUCCUAACCAGCUUCAAGCUCUGUUCUCCCAUUCAAAUAAGAUCAUACGGUGUAUGGCAGUCCGCUGUUUUUGUCUGCACAUAAAGGCUGCAGAUGCUGUUUUGGAGAACAUGCUCCACCGUUAUUGCGGUGAUGGUCCUCUUGACAAUUCUUUGGCAGGUCAGCUUAUUGAUUUCAGGUUGAUCGGCUUCUGGGAGGAACAGAGAUAUAAAGACCUUGAAACAGCGCUAGAAACAGCUCGUCAAAACCGCAAUGGAAGCUUCUUUGAUCUAUGGAUCAAGAAUUUUAGGUCAUUAGAUUAUACGGCCGAAAUCGGUGGCAUUCUUGUUCCUACCCUGAGGCAGAAGAUUAGUUCCCAGGCCUUUAAGCUUGUUCAGACACCUGCUGUUAGAGCCAAUCUUCGCAAGGUGGGAGAAGCACUUCUAUCUCAAGACCCUCUAUUACUUGUUGGACAACCAGGAGCUGGGAAGACAUCUCUGGUCAUGGAAGCUGCAAGUGAAAUGGGCAACUUGUCCUCAAUGAUAACCCUGCAUUUAAACGAGCAAACGGAUUCAAAGAGCUUAUUAGGCGUCUACUCCACUUCGGGACAAAGUGGCAGUUUCAAAUGGCAACCGGGAGUAUUAACCCAAGCUGCGAGGGAAGGAAGGUGGAUUUUAAUCGAAGACUUGGAUCGCGCACCUGCUGAAGUGAUUUCAGUCAUUUUACCCUUGAUUGAGAACAGGGAACUUGUAAUUCCGAGUCGCCGAGAACACAUCCGUUGUGCUGAAGGAUUCCGCAUCAUUGCAACCAUGAGAUCAUUUUUAAACAACAGAGGGGAUGAUGUGGCUCCAGGGAUGACGAUGCUAGGCGGCCGUCUGUGGAAUACAAUUCGGAUCUCACCUUUACCCAUCGAAGAGGUCUCUCAAAUAAUCAAGAAUGAAUUCCCUUUACUAAACAUUACCCGAUACGCCGAUACUUUCUUAACGCUAUACUCUCGAAUUAUAUCCACGUUCCUUGGAUCCGGGGCAUCCAGACGGGUGCAAGGGAGGCCGAUUGGCCUUCGUGACUUAAUGAAAUUUUGCAACAGGGUCGAGACUCGUUUACAAAAGCUAGGGAUCAAGAGCGGGAACGAAUCAGUGCCAGCUCGGAUUGAUGAUGAAAUAUUCAUGGACGCCGUUGACUGUUUUGCAGCUCAUAUCCCAAACAAUGAACUGCGUUCGGCCCUUGCAAGCAGUAUUGCUGAAGAAAUGCAUAUUUCCCCGCAAAAAUGGAAAUUUUGCUUAUCAGAACGUGUGCCCAAUUACUCCGAUGAACUUUCAGAAUUAUUGAUUGGAAGGGAGGUUUGCUCAAAGAUUCAAUCACGGAGUAUGGCAGGGGCAAGGACUAAUCAAGCUAAGUCAUUUGCGGCAACGAAGAGUUCUUUACGGCUAAUGGAACAGGCUGCUGCUGCCCUUCAAGUUUCGGAACCUAUCCUACUUGUUGGAGAGACUGGCAUUGGUAAAACUGCAGUUGUCCAGCAACUGGCAUCGCUUUUAAACCAGAAGUUGACAGUUGUCAAUUUAUCCCAACAAAGCGAGGCUUCUGACCUUCUGGGUGGGUACAAGCCUGUCAAUCUUCGAUCAAUCGCAGUACCUCUCGUGGACGAGUUCAAUUCCUUGUUUGAGUCUACAUUCUCUGUCAAGAAAAAUCAGAAGUUCCUAUCUUCUGUUGCAAAGAGUGUUACUGCGGGGAAUUGGCCACGACUUGUCAACGUCCUAAAUGAGGCUGUCAAAAUGGUUUCUGACUUAUUUGGUACCUCCAAAAAGACCCAAGCCGAUAUCAAAGAGGCUGCAGAACAACCAGCGAAAAAGAGAAAGCUUGAUAGCCCCAAAUAUAGCUCAUUGUUAACAAAAUGGUCUUCAUUCACCUCCGAUUUCAGAGAGUUUGAAGCCAGGGUUUUGCAAGGAGAUGCCAAAUUUUCGUUCGCCUUUGUCCAGGGAAAGAUUGUGAAAGCCCUCAGGAAUGGGGAAUGGGUGCUUCUGGAUGAGAUCAAUCUUGCAUCGCCUGAUACCUUGGAGAGUAUUGCGAGUUUAUUGCACCAUGGGCGCGACGGCAAUCCUUCAGUGCUUCUCUCUGAGGCUGGAGAGAUGGAACGAGUUAUCGGUCAUCCAAAUUUCCGGAUCUUUGGAGCAAUGAACCCUGCCACUGAUGCAGGGAAGCGUGACCUUGCCCCUGGGUUAAGAUCAAGAUUUACAGAGCUCUACGUCAGAUCCCCAGACAGCGACAUAGAUGACCUGUUGAGUCUGAUACGUACCUACCUUGGCCCCCUACUGAAUCAUGAUUCUCGUGUUGCCUCGGAUCUUGCAAAUAUCUAUCUCGAAACGAAACGUUUAGCUAUGGAGAAUCAAUUGACUGACGGAGCCGGACAUAAACCCCAUUUUAGCAUCCGUACUCUUGUCCGUACCUUGAUGUAUGUGACCGAUCAGGCGCAUAUAUACGGAGUUCGUCGUGCUAUAUAUGAGGGUUUUUCCAUGAGCUUUUUAACACUUUUGAGCAAGGAUUCUGAACGUCAAGUUAUACCUUUACUGGAGAAACAUAUAUUUGGGAAAGUUGGAAAUGCAAGAUCCAUACUUUCUCAGACUCCCAGAGAGUUCAAAGAUGGAGCAGAAUAUGUUCAGUAUAAACACUAUUGGAUGCAAAAGGGUGAUUUCCCACCAGAGUCCCAACCCCACUACAUUAUUACCCCCUUUAUCGAAAGGAAUCUUAUGAAUCUCGUCAGAGCCAGUUCAACUCGGCGAUUCCCCAUACUAUUACAGGGGCCAACUUCUUCUGGAAAAACCAGUAUGGUUGAGCAUUUGGCCAAACUCUCUGGAAACCGAUUUGUGAGGAUCAAUAAUCAUGAACACACGGAUCUUCAGGAAUAUCUAGGUUCUUAUGCUACUUCUGAAGAUGGCACCUUAAAGUACCAGGACGGAGUCCUUGUCGAGGCUUUGAAACGAGGAUACUGGAUUGUGCUUGAUGAGCUUAAUCUUGCACCAACCGAUGUUCUGGAGGCUCUAAAUCGUCUACUUGAUGACAAUAGGGAGCUUUUCAUCCCCGAAACACAAGAAGUAGUCCGCCCACACCCCAACUUCAUGUUAUUUGCUACUCAAAACCCCGCGGGUCUUUAUGGAGGAAGAAAGGUGUUGUCUCGUGCAUUCAGGAAUCGAUUUCUUGAAUUGCAUUUUGACGAUAUACCUGAAGAUGAGCUCGAGUUUAUAUUGAAGGAACGAUCACAAAUCCCGCCAUCAUUCUGCACCCGGAUAGUCUCUGUAUAUCGACAGCUGUCUAUCCUACGUCAAUCAAACCGACUCUUUGAACAGAGAAACAGUUUUGCGACACUUCGUGAUCUCUUCAGGUGGGCAAUGAGACGCGCAGAUGACCGAGAACAAUUGGCUGUGCAUGGCUUUAUGCUCCUUGCUGAAAGAGUAAGGAAUCGCCAGGAGAGGAGCGCUGUGAAAAAGGUGAUAGAGAAAGUCAUGGGUGUGAAGCUGGAUGAAAAUGAAAUAUACGGUAAAUCCGCUGUUGAAAGACGUCUGAAGCAUUUAUCUGCGGCAGUUCCAUCCAAUAUCGUUUGGACACCUGCUAUGAGGAGGCUCUUCAUACUUGUGUCCGAAGCUGUUGAGCAUAACGAGCCUGUUCUUCUGGUCGGAGAAACUGGGUGUGGUAAAACUCAGAUAUGCCAGGCUAUUGCAGAAGUCUAUGGCAAAGAGCUAUUCAUUGUCAAUGCCCACGUCAAUCUGGAAACAGGAGACCUCAUCGGUUCCCAGAGACCUAUAAGGAAUCGCUCCUCAAUCAUUCAUCAGCUUGAGAGAGACAUAACCUUGGCCUUAGAACAAGCCCACCAGGUACAUACCGGGCCUUUUUCAUCCCUUGAUGACCUCAAGGGUGCAUUCUAUGCCAUUGAAAAGUCGCCUUCCGGCCACUGUGACCCAGACCUUAUUCACAAAAUUAAGACCAACAUAACAAGAGCAAACUCCCUUUUUGAAUGGUCUGAUGGGAGUUUAGUGACAGCCAUGAAAACGGGACAGCAUUUUCUCCUUGAUGAGUUGUCUCUCGCAGACGAUUCUGUCCUUGAGCGGCUUAACAGCGUACUAGAGACUACAAAGACCGUGCUGCUGGCCGAGAAAGGCCCCGUGGACUCUCUUGUUACUGCUGCUGAUGGCUUUCAAUUCCUUGGUACUAUGAACCCUGGAGGUGAUUAUGGAAAACGAGAGCUUUCUGCUGCAUUGAGGAAUCGAUUGACAGAGAUUUGGGUUCCAGAACUUCUAGAGGAUGAUGACAUAUUGCCAAUCUUGGAAGCGAACGUCAAACCAUCCCUGCGUAAUGUACCUCAAGGGAUGGUAUCCUUUGCAAAAUGGUUCAAGGAUAAGUUCCGAGGUUCGGCACAAUCCUCGAUAUCGGUCCGUGACUUACUGGCUUGGGCACAAUUUAUCAACUCUUGUACUCAACUGAAUGACCAAUCUGCCGUGAUACAUGGGGCCUGUCUGGUCUAUAUUGAUGGCCUUGGCGCAAAUCCAUCUGCAUUGCUAGCAUCUACCUCUGGUGACCUUGAGAGGGACAGGCAAUCAUCCUUGGAGAAACUUGGGGAGCUAUUCUCGGUUGACGCUCUAUCAAUAUAUAGUCAGAACUCCAGUAUGCAACUGGACGGGCAUACUUUGAAAAUUGGUCAAUUCUCAUUGCCUCUUGGAACUAACUCGAACCCAGAUUCCAAGUUCGCACUUGAUGCACCUACAACUUUACGCAACACAAUCCGUGUUGCCCGUGGCCUCCAGUCGAGCAAACCUAUUCUGUUGGAAGGAAGCCCUGGAGUUGGGAAGACCACACUUGUUGCAGCGCUAGCCCAGGUUAUUGGGGUUCCACUUACUCGAAUAAACUUGUCGGAGCAGACUGAUUUAACGGAUCUGUUUGGAUCAGACGUACCCGUUGAUGGAGGUGAUAUAGGUAGCUUUGCAUGGAGCGAUGCACCGUUUUUGCGUGCAAUGCAACACGGCGGAUGGGUUUUGUUAGAUGAAAUGAAUCUAGCCUCACAAUCUGUGCUUGAAGGACUGAAUUCUUGUUUAGACCACCGGCAGCAAGUUUAUAUCGCUGAACUUGGCCAAACGUUCCAACGGCACCCUGAUUUCGUUCUCUUUGCUGCGCAGAACCCCCAUCAUCAAGGAGGUGGGAGAAAGGGCCUUCCAGCGUCUUUCGUCAAUCGAUUUACUGUUGUUUAUGCGGACUCAUUUACCUCUCAUGACCUGCAAAUUAUUUGUCGGAGGUUAAGCCCAGCGUGCCCGGAAGACAAAAUCAUCAAACUAGUUGAUUUUGUUACUAUGCUGAAUACAAAGCUACUCACUGAUCGUCGGCUUGGAGCUGUUGGGGCCCCUUGGGAGGUUAACCUUCGAGAUAUCUCUCGCUGGCUCAAAUUGCUUACUUCUAGCCCUGCUGAGAUAUCACCUUCGCAAUACCUUGAUGUGGUCAUUUCACACAGAUUCAGGACUGCUCCCGAUAGACUAUUAGUUUCUCAACUAUAUCAUGAUAUAUUCGGAACGGUCCCCGACACGAAAAACUACUUCCACAAUCUCAGCCCUUACUCAUACCAGGUUGGUCUGGGAAAGAUGGACCGCAAUCAACAGUUGUAUGAAUUUUCAGUCAAUGAUUCGAAAGACUUCCCUCGCAGCUUGCAUCUAGUUGAGUCUAUGAUGCUCUGCAUAGAGAAUGCAUGGCCGUGCCUUCUAGUCGGGCCAUCUGGGUGUGGAAAGACUUCAAGUAUAAGACGACUUGCUGCUCUAAGCGGCGCUAAACUUGUUGAGCUUGCUCUGAAUUCCGAUACAGAUGCCAUGGAUCUCAUUGGUGGCUUUGAGCAAAGAGACAGACACCGGCAAUAUCUUUCAUUCGCAAGUGAACUAAUUCGCCUUUUAAGAUACCAUAUUGUCAUCUCAUUCUCCCAUGCAGAGGAUAGCAGUGCAGCCUUAGGUCCAGAGUUGAUACAGCUCUACCAAAUGACGAUGGACAGCUCUUUCAGCCCGCAAGAGCUCUUAGGUCCCCUCUCCAAACUGGCUCAACGUCACUCGGACACAAUAUUCCAGGAUAUUCUUGAGCAAUGCAAGCAAAUUUGUGUCGAUGAAGCAGCAGGAGAAACCGGAUUCGAGUGGACUGAGGGUAUUCUGAUUCAUGCUAUGAAACAAGGCAGCUGGGUGGUACUUGAUAACGCCAAUCUUUGCAAUGCCACUGUUUUAGACAGGUUAAAUUCUCUUUUGGAGCCAAAUGGGUGCCUUAUCGUGAAUGAGCGCAAGUCUCCCGAUGGCCUUGCCCAGGUGAUCACACCGCACCCUGAUUUCCGAUUGUUCUUAACAGUUGACCCUCGACAUGGCGAACUGUCUAGAGCCAUGCGAAACAGAUCUGUCGAAAUUUUCUUUCUCAAAGAGGACGAAGUAAACCGGUCUUGUUUGACUGGCACAAGGUACUUGAAUGAAUCUGCCAUAUAUCGUAUUCGGGAGUGUCACAAUUUGGUUUGUUUCCCUAAGCCCCUUGAGAGGGAUUCCAAAUCUCUUGGGUUUGGCCUUGAUCAUCUAUCGCCACAGGACGUGGCUUGUCUUCAGCACUCUAUCAAACAGGUCGCCCAGCUGUGGUCUAAGGCCUCACCUGUGACUCCUGAAAAGGCAGAAUGUCUGUUUGAGAGCUAUAACACUCUCCUGUGUCGCAAUGCGCUGGUUGGACGAUUGCCCAUCCACCCCCUUAUAAAUGAACCACGACUUGUGUUCUCGCUCCCAGUAGAGAACUAUCGAGAGAAACUUUUACAGGCGGCAAAGCUGCAAGAACUUCAGCUACAAACUGUCCAGUUUUAUCAGCAACUUUUGCACGUGGAAUCUGCUGCAAGGGGCAAGAAGUCAGCGGAAAUGACUCUCGUAGAACGAUCUAUCACUUCGGGGACUAUACAGUCUCACCUGAAAGACUCGACACAGCCAAUUGGCCGUUUCCUCUAUGGCUGUUGCAAUGCAGUCAGUGAGUGUUUAGAGUCACUGACCUUGGAAUCCUGCCCCGACAAGGCCCCUCAGCUGGUCGAAGAUAUUUUGAAUUUUUGCUGGGAUAGCUUUGAAUUAACCCAAUGCGAGCUCUUGGACGAUGCUACCUUUUUGACAUACCUUCUCAUUGGAAAGAAUAUCUGUGGUGAAUUUGAGCAUCUUCAGCUCAAACUGGUGGACCAGUUCAAAGAACUUCUGGCCUCUUUCAAUGCUAACUGGGAGUUGGGCAGCGGAAAGAGCAUGCAACGUAUAUGGAAUUCAUGGCGCCCUGCAACACCCACUGACCCCAGUCAAUUAGAACAGGGGAUGCAGUUCCGAGAACUUCGGACGAGAUACGAUCAGGUAGCAUUGAAGUCACGAGUGCCUGUUCAUGAACUAGGGCGGCUUUAUGACCUAUUUAUUCACGCCCAAACCUCAAUUUUACGGGGUGCGAAUAGCACAGCCCUACUUCCCGAAUUGAACACAACAAUAUCUCGUUUCGAGGCCCAAUCUUCGAAAUCGGAUUCUUAUAACUCUCCUCACUUUGCUACAGAAUUUGAAGCAUUGUGCCAAUAUAAUGAUCUAACAGAAGACAAGGUCUUGCCUCGUGCUCCACUUCCUGGGUCUAUCAAGCUCCUGGCUAGAAGAGAGUCUCGUCCCAGCGACACAUCAGUAAUUGGCAGUGCGGCCCCCGGAUUACUCUCUAAACUUACCCAGUACCUAGGAAGCGAAAAUUCUCACUGUGGCCCAUUGGCGUUGCUUGGGGGUAUUUCAUGCUCUCUGGUCAAGACAGUUGAAGAUAUCAACCAGGUGCCUCUUGGACAGAUGGAUCUUCUAGGAUCAGAAAUUAGCCUCCUGUUACAGGGGCUAGCUGCAAACACCUGCCAGCUUUCUACUCAUCAGUCUACUAUCCUUAGACGUUGGCUUUUGGAACUUUCGAAGGAGUUCAUACGGUGUCAUGCAGACUUGCUUGGACCAGACUCCCUGAAUAUAUCUAUGGAAAUUUUGCGGCAGCUUCAGACAGGAGAGUCUGAAGAUUCACAAUCUGGUAUUUGCACAGUCCAAGUUUAUCCGGAGGUAUCAGAUAAUCUGGUCUUCAAACUUCUAGGGAGUGAAAUUUUUAUCCUGUUCCGAAAGCUCUGUACACCGCAAGCUAAUGAGGAGGCUAUCGGUCGACUUGGGGAGCUUUUAGUCAGGCUAUCCCUUAUACUCCUGCAUUGCUACGUUCCAAACCGACCAUUCGAUCCAUCAUUGCAUCUUGCUGUUGAGCAUAAGCUCCAUUUGCAUAGACAGCAUGAGAUGACUACGAGGUUGGAGUGCCUCCAGGCAUGUGAGCAUUUGUUUUCUGGGCAGACAUCAAGCUUACGAAUUCAAGCUGCAAGAGAAGAUCUUGCUCGUCUCGGAUCUGCACCCCCGAAUACUCCAGUGGUCCGCCCUGAGAUAUCAAAACUGAAUGAAGUGCAAGCCCAGUUUAGCAGCAUUCUCACCUCUGUCUUGAAUCAGCCAAUUGAAUAUAUCCUCUCAGCCUCUCAAGCGCCCCUUGCGGAGUCAAUUUCUAAGGACGCCUCUUUCCAAGCACCGGGAACAUUGCUCCAGCUCAAUAUUCGUCAAAUCACCCGUCGUCUUUCCGAGAACUGCCCGGGCUAUGAGGACAUGACGAUCUUACCAGUUAGAUUUCUCCAGCUCCUGGAUCAGGGGAUUGAGUUGAUCCGUCACAGUACUGCGUCUUCGACCCGGUCUUCUCCCAUUAUCCAAUAUAUAUGCGGAACAACCCCUUUCUUAGGAGGAAAAUUACCAGAUCUAUCGCUUGCAUGGCCGUCUCCCGCUAAAGGGUCCCAAGCCACAACGGCAGAGAUAGAUGUUCAGAGGUUGCUACUACUAGGCGCCGCUCAAAACAUUGACAGCCAGACUCUAUCUAAGCCUUCCCAGAAAGAAAUUUUACAUGGUAUUCUCGAUCGAGCAUAUUCCUCAUGGAAAGAGAAACUGGAGAAGGACCAGUCUCUCGAAGCAGAGAAAUCCAAGUUCUAUCAUUACAGAGGAUCCUUUGAGGACGACAAGGAGUCAGAAUCCGCAGAAAUUCUCCAGAUGUUCCCUACUUAUGAUAACCAAGACGAGCCCGGCAACGAAACUGCAAAUACUGAGCCUCAUGCUGACAAGCUUCGUAUGAAACUAUUCACGGCCUUCAGGAGCCUCUUUGUGCCUGAUAAUAGGGCUUCCCGUCUAAGAAAUGUGAUCAGUGAAGGCCUUCGCUUGUUAGGGUUAAUAUCGCGUAAGUCAGGGGUGACGAUACCACCGGUCGAUCUAAAAUUCCAUCUCGGUCCCAUUUUCUUGCUCAUGGAAGAUGUUCAUCGACCAAGCAAAGUUGCCAACUACAACUUUUAUACUGAUGCCAAUAUAGAGGAAGUGAAUAAGUUUGCUUCUCUUGUCCAGAAGGUGCAAGUUCGCUUUUUGCAGCUACAAGAAUCCUGGCCUGAACAUGCAACCCUUGCCGAUGUUGUUGAAUGGUGCUCUAAAAUCUUCAAGUUCCAGCAUAGGGAGCCCAUUGCUAAGUUUAUAACUAUGGCUGAGAAACUUCAUGGACAUGUACAUGAAUGGCAAACGGUUGCGAGCAAAGAAUUUUCUGCAGCCGACUGCUACAAUGACCUGACCUCGAUGCUGAUUCACUGGAGACGCCUUGAGCUAUCUACCUGGUCCCGUUUGCUCGAUGUGGAAGACGAGAAAUGUCUGGAGCAAGCGGCAUCUUGGUGGUAUAUGGCAUACGAGGUCAUUGUGGCAGUCCCGCUACAGUUGAUACAAGACAACCAGCCCUUGGACAGUCAUAUAUCAGACCUCCUGUUGACACUGGAGAAAUUCCUACAUGCUACAUCCAUGGGGCAGUUCUCGUCCCGGGUUGAUCUUAUCGACAAGUUCAGGCAACUCCUUAUGCUUUAUCUUCCUGAGCUUCCGACCUUGGGUAAGGUAGUUUCGGCUCUUAAGAAUCUUCUUGACCACUAUGGGCCUUUCAUGUCUUCGGUCCAAAGUUCCCUAAAAGAUGGACGGCAGAAACUGGAAAAGGAAUUAAAGGAACAAGUUCAACUGGCAAGCUGGAAAGAUACGAAUAUCACAGCACUUCGUGAAAGUGCCCGUCGUUCUCACCACAAAUUGUUCAAAAUCAUCAGGAAGUAUCGUACUCUCCUAGCACAAUCUUGUGAAGAGCUUCUUGCAAGAGAAAUCCCUGAGUCCACUUCGGAUAAUGAGGAUACAGCGUUCUCUCAGUCUCUUCCACCCAAGGCUGUGAAUCCUGCUGCAUUAAGCGUUUACCAGCAAAAUUCGGGGCUAUGGAGCCAACGACCUGCCCGAUUCCAAGCCCCUGAUUCUACAGCUAAACAUAUGCACCAGGUUUAUGAAGGCUCCUUACCAGAGUUCCAGGCUACCACCGAACUUGAAGCCAUAAUGACUGACGUGGUUUCAUCCAUUUCCGACUUUAAAAAGAGAACUCCCAAAACCCUGACGGAAGAGAACAAAGAUGAGGUCCAACAUCUUAAGACUCAAAAACGAAGCUUCUAUGCUGCAAAGCUGAAGGAGCUGCGUCAUAUGGGCCUUAGAUCGAAUCUUGGAACAGACUUACUCGAUAAGCAGAGCUCCGUUAGCUUGGUUCUCGCUACUACGCCGGGAUUCUGCGCCCCUGACCUGGCUCCCUUGUCCGUUACCGCAGAAAAGUACUUCCACCGCUUCCUUCACAUAGUCCCAAGCAUCCGUCAAGCGGCACGAAACUACUCUGAAGACUUGAGCAAUGUUGAAGCUGCUCGAAGUGCUGGAUUUACAGAAGGAUUUCUUUACCAGAUGAUGAAGCAGAGGGAAACACUCUCUCCGAUGUUGGCCUCAGUUGUGUCUCUAGUUAACAAUGUCAAACUGGCCACAGCAAUUACGAGCAGUUCAACAGUGAGUACACUUUCCAGUGAAAGGUCGUCUAACGCUCUGCACACGAUAUAUCGAGCACUUAGAUGGCUGCCGACUAUCAUUGAACUGUCCUUAACGAUUAUCAACAUCCAUCGGAGUCACUCCUCUAUCGACUCCUCAGCAGUCCUUGCAUCCUUGGGCUUAUGGGCGGAAUCUGCAGCAUCCUUACAGAACCGCCUCAUCAACCUUCCGGCUCUUCCUGAUGGAUUAGCUUCCAACUCUCAUAAGAGUAUAAUUCUUGACGCUGAAUGUUUUAUGGCCAGUAUGAAAUCUGGAAUCCUGGCCCAUAUGAAGUCUCAGCCCGAGAUUGCCUUUGCUCUCAAUCAGCUUCUGUUUUGGGCGGAAUGUGACUCCCAUGGUGCUCUAGAACCGCAGGCCGAUAAACUGUCUGUUUCCUCCAUAAAUGAUGUGGAUUCGUCUCUGCUUGUUGUAAUGGAUGCCAUACUUGUUGCAUUACAAAGAGUUCAGAGCGCCCUUGCCAGUGCUCCCAUCUCAGCGGAGGGCCCUACAUGGCUAUCCAAAACCGAUACCUCGUUCUCUAGGUCCCUCUCCGAACUCCACAUUGACGAUAUUUCAUCUAAAUUGAAAUCGGUAUUUGAUGUGGUUAGAAAGAUUUCUGAUACUCGUGAGCUUAAUGUUGCCAUCGCUGGGCUCAAUAUCAGCAUACCAAUAUUGGAGCAAUAUCAAACUAUCUGCCUGGACCUUGUUAAUCGGUAUGCCGCCUUCCACCAUUCAGUGUGCAAACUGGGAUAUACUUUAGGUAAAUCGUUCAAGCAGAUCGCAUCAGAAGGAUUUUGCAGUCCUUCUGAACCCUCAGACCAGCAAGGCCAGCAAAGUGAUAAAGUGGAGAGCGGUACUGGCCUUGGUGAGGGCGAAGGCGCAGAGGACAUAAGCAAAGAUGUUCAAGACGAUGAGGACCUUUCGGAACUCGCCCAGCAAAAGCAAGAAGAUGCAGAAAAAGAAGAUAUUGAAGGAACAGACGAUGCGGUAAACAUGGACAACGAGGAUCUGGAGGGUCAAGAGGGCGAUUAUUCCAAGGAUAAUGAGGAAGAGGAAAAGGACAAGUCGGAUGCAGAUGAAGGAGAAGAAGAUGACCUGGACGAAGAAGUUGGAAGUGUUGACGACUGGGACCCUUCAGCCGUAGAUGAGAAGAUGUGGGACGGUGCGAAUGAUAAGGAUCAGAAAGACACCGAGAACAAUGAGAGUAAAGGAGACAAGAAAGCAGAAGAUAUGUCUGCCGCUACCGAGCAGCGCAAGGAAGAUGAGUCUGCGAAAAAGGAGGCUGAUGAGGGACAUGAAACUACUGAAAGUGACGAGGAAGCCCCUGAAGAUGAGAAAGAGGGUGCUGGCCGCGAAGAUAUGGAUGUGACUGAUCCGUACGCCCAGGAAAAUGAUGUCCUUGAUUUACCAGAAGACAUGGACCUGGAUGGUGAGAAAAAGGAGGAUGAAAGCUCUGAUGCAGACGAUGGUAUGAGCGAGAUAUCCAUGGAAGAGACUGCCAACCAAGAUGAUAUUCCAGAUACCAAUGAAGAAAAAAGGGAUACCAGGCCGGAAAGCCCUGACGUUGAUAUUGCAGAGAACCCGGAUGAUAACGCUGAUGAAGACGGCCAGCGGGAGGAAGAGACUGGCGAACCAGACCCCGAACCUCAGCCAGAUGCCGGCGAAGAAGAAGAUAAAGAGGAGAUAAUACCUGUGGAAGAUGAGCAACAAAAGGCCGAUCCUGACAAUACAGCGCCUAGCGAGCAGGUUUCAGCGGGUGUCCAGCAAGAUCAGAGCAAUGAAAAGGGUACAUCCGGAGAUGCAGCCUUCAAUCAGCCGACGGAGAAUAUGGAGGAGGAUGGUGAAGGAGAGGGCAAAGGGGUUGAAGAGCAAGGCCAACAGGGGAAGCAAUCGAGUCAAGAAGCCGGUGAUGGAGGCAAUAAUGAGAAACAAGAUCCACAGCUCCAGUCAUUCAAGAAGCUCGGUGAUAUCCUUGAACAAUGGCAUAGGUCUCAUCGCGAAAUACUGGAGGCUUCUGAGAAAGAUAACGAACAAGUUCAGGAGCAGGAUAUAGCUGAGAAGGAUGUUGACUUCGAGCAUCUAGCCGAUGAGCAGGAUACUGCAGAUACCCAGGCACUCGGUCAGGCAAACGAGGAGCAGUCUCAAGCAAUGAACCAAUCCCAGGCAAUAGAAUCUGACUUUAAGCCCCAGGAUAACGAAUACCUACCGGAUGCACAAGAGGUAGAAGACAACAGCAAUAUCAACAGCCUUGAGGACCUGAUGGAUGUUGAUGCGCCGCUUGCGUCGAAUGACCAACAACAACCUACUACCUCCAUAACACGCUCUGGUACUGGUAUGGAAUCUUCUCACGGGGAAGAAGGCGCUGCAGCAGAGGAGAAAGACGAACUUGACGAUGUUGAUAACCAUCUUUCCGUCAUUAAUAUAUCCUCCGACCUGGCUCCCCUGACGCCUCCAGAUGAAGCCCGUCGACUAUGGACUCAUUACGAGUCUAUUACGCAUGAGCUUUCCCUGUCCUUAACAGAACAACUACGCCUUAUCCUUGCGCCAACAAUGGCAACCAAACUCAGGGGAGACUUCAGAACAGGAAAGCGGCUGAAUAUAAAGCGCAUCAUCCCUUAUAUCGCCUCACAGUAUAAGCGUGACAAAAUAUGGAUGCGUCGAUCCGUGCCUUCAAAGCGGAAUUACCAGAUCAUGCUUGCGGUAGACGACAGCAAGUCCAUGCUUGAAGGUUCGAGUGGCCAGCUUGCAUUCCAAACUCUCGCUUUGGUUGCAAGGAGUUUGAGCAUGCUUGAGACCGGUGAUCUUUGCAUUGUCAGCUUUGGAAACGAGGAACACAUCCGUGUUGCUCAUGACUUUGGAAAGCCGUUCUCUUCAGAAGCCGGGUCGCAGGUAUUCCAGCACUUCAGCUACAAACAAACAGGCACAAAUGUACGACAACUUAUUGCCGAUUCUAUUACCCUUUUCCGCGAGGCUAGAGCUAAACGGCCAUCUUCAUCGACUUCGGGAGACCUGUGGCAAUUGGAAUUGAUUAUAUCCGAUGGUGUUUGCGAGGAUCAUGACAGAAUUGCUCGCCUUGUCCGCCAGGCGCAUGAAGAGCGUAUAAUGGUUGUUUUUGUCAUUGUUGAUGCAGUUCAGGAGGAGAGCCGUUCGAUCAUGAACCUCUCCCAGGCAACCUUCGAGCCCAGCGGAUCAGGGCCUGGAGAAGGAAAGUGGAAGAUGAAAAAGUAUCUAGAUGGGUUUCCUUUCCCUUAUUACUUGGUUGUGAGGAAUGUUCAGGAGUUACCGGCUGUUUUGUCUUUGGCGUUGAAGCAAUGGUUUGCAGAGGUGGUGGAAAUAUCUUCAUAA